CCCGGAUUUCCAGCGUAGUGUGUAGGAGUAAGUGGGCGUGACCGAGAGGAGGCGGAGUCCCCGGAAAAGGCGUGGCUAGAGGCCGGAGUGACGGGGUGGAUAGGCGGGGAGGGCAGUGUUCCAUAGCCGGGCUUGAGGUGCGCUAAGUGCUGAGCUGCUGUCCGUGUGUUGGAGCGGCGGGAGCCGUGCGUACCGAGUUGGGAAGGAGGUUGGUCUCCAGGGGGCGCACCCAGGAGGGAUAGCACUGUGGAGCUUGGGAACUUGGCAAGUAGAUUGCGUUGGAACAGCAGUCACUGCUCAGACAUAUGGAGCUGCUGAAGAACAUCUUUGAAUAUUGCCACGCUCAACACUGCCGCCGCGCAUGAAGGACGUGCUCUGCCCGAGGCGUACGAUCCGCAUCUCCGCCAGGCCACACCAUCAUUAAAACCCUCCGCGGCCGGAUCUACGCCCAGACGCUGUUCUGCCUGCCCAGCAUUGGCUCUUUUUGCCUUUCCGUCCCUGCUGUAAUCUCCAUAGAUUAUCCUGAUGGGGUAACGUGAUUGGGCCCCCCCAGCAUUGCCUUUGUGUCAUUGGAACUCCUGCAGGGUGCCCCCGUCCCCAUGUAAAGCAAAGGAGGACCCUCGGCGCGUGGGAAGUUGCUAAAGACAAAGGCCUUUGCUCCACUUGCACACAUUUACGAAGAAAAAAACGUUCACUACUAAGAAGUGCAUUUUUUGUUUCACGCACACGUGGUGGUUCACUAUUAUUUUUUACUUAUUUUUUUGCGCUUUUGCUGUUUUCAGAGAGCUGAUACUGUACAGACCCUUUACAUCAUUUUUGCACAAUAUUUGUGUUUUUGGGUUUUUUUUUUUUAUAUAUAUUCACCUUUUUUAUUGUUACUGUGUGAUCAUGGCUCGCAUCAAUCGUCCUGCUCCAGUGGAGGUUUGUUACAAGAACAUGCGCUUCCUGAUCACCCACAAUCCCACCAAUGCAACAAUGAAUACCUUCAUAGAGGAUCUGAAGAAAUAUGGCGCCACCACGGUGGUGAGGGUGUGCGAGAUUACGUACGACAAGACGCCCCUAGAGAAGGACGGCAUCACUGUAAUGGACUGGCCGUUCGAUGAUGGGGCUCCACCUCCCAAUAAAAUUGUCGAUGAUUGGUUGAAUUUACUGAAGACGAAAUUCUGUGAAGAUCCUGGCUGCUGCGUAGCUGUUCAUUGUGUGGCCGGUUUGGGAAGGGCGCCGGUCCUGGUCGCUCUUGCACUUAUCGAGAGUGGGAUGAAAUAUGAAGAUGCCAUUCAGUUCAUCAGACAGAAGCGCCGGGGGGCCAUUAACAGCAAGCAGCUGACGUACCUGGAGAAAUACCGGCCGAAGCAGAGGCUACGAUUCAAGGAUCCGCACAAUCACAAGAACAAAUGCUGCAUCAUGUAAGCGCCACAGCACCCCGGGCACCACUCCUCCUCCUCCUCUUCCUCCUUCCAAACACAGGGUUUUUACUAUGAAGUCGUUGGACUGGGUGAAACUACAAACUGCCGGCUCCGUCUCACCAAUGUCGUACAAAUAAAGCGCAGGACUGCGUCUGUCCGCUCAAACCUUCUGUUUUUUACACAACUCCCCCCCCACUGCACCCCCCCAUUUAUAUCAGGUUCCUUCUGUUUUUCUACUAACGGUGUUGCUACGGAACAGUUUGGACGUCCACGCGGCGAGUGAAGAAGAACCCAAAUUGAGCCGAAAGGAGGGGAAAUAACUCCCUUUUUCUAUAAAUAUAUACACACUUUUCUUUCUAAAGAUUUUUUUUCUCUCGAAAUCUUCGUUACGUGUUUUUGCGGAGUCAGGAUCAAGUGUAUUUCCUAGUGGUGAAACGUAUUAGCCGCGCCGGACGGUGCCGCGUGUAACAUUAUUAUAUGUCCCCCCCCAGCCAAUGAUCCGCUUGCUUUCAUUGCAUUGUAACAAAGAGGCAGAAGGGACAAACCCUGGGCUCGCGCCCCAGCGCCGUACGGUUUCACCCGGAGGAGCCCAAACUGGGAUUUCCAGGUAUCUGGUUUCAGAAAAGAAUGGGACUUUGUGUGUCAUAAUGCAAUAUAGUCAUGUGACUGCGCAGUGAAAGCUGCACCGUCGGUACCGCCCUGUGCGAGAGAGACUGUGAUAACGAUGCAUGAACAAUGCCUUUAAUUAAAGGGGUGGUUUACCUUCAGGGUAACUUUUAAUGUGUUAUAUAAUGACCUACUUUAAGCAACUUUUCAAUUGGUCUUCAUUUUUUAUAUUAUUUGCUUUCCUCUUCUGACUCUUUCCAGCUUUCAAAUGGGGGUCACUGACCUCUGUGAGGCUGCAAUUGUAUUGUUAAUGCUGCUAUCUACUUAAAUCCCGGUCUCUCUUUCAAGCAAAUGCCUGGUUGCUAGGUUAAAUUGGACCCUAGCAACCAGGUAGCAGCUGAACAAAAAUUAAAAUAAAUCAAAAACUAAAGGUUAGCCUUUAAUAUAAUAUUCUAAGCAACUUUUCAAUUGGUCAUUUUUUAUCGUUUAUAGUUUUUGAACUAUUUCCCUUCUUCUGCCUCAUUGCAGCUUUCAAAUGGGGGUCACUGACCCCGGCAGCCAAACCCUAUUGCUCUGUGAGGCUCCAGUUUUAUUGUUAUUGUUACUUUUUAUUCCUUAUCUUUCUAUUCAGCCCCUUUAUUAUUCAUAUAUUGGUCAGUCUCUCAAACUGCUCCCUGGUUACUAAGGUAAUUUGCACCCUAGCAACCAGAUAGCUGCUGGAAUUCCAAACUGAAGAGCUGCUGAGCGAAAAUUGAAAUUAUUCAAAAACUAAAGGUUAAUAUGUUAUAGAAUGGCCAUUUCUAAGCAGCUUGUCAAUUGGGCUUCAUUUUUUAUCAUUUAUAGUUUUUGAAUUAUUUUCCUUCUUCCUCUGACUGUUUCCAGCUUUCAAAUGGGGGUCACUGACCCCGGCAGCCAAAACCUAUUGCUCUGUGAGGCUCCAGUUUUAUUGUUAUUGUUACUUUUUAGUCCUUCUCUUUCUACUCAGCCCCUUUAUUAUUCAUAUAUCAGUCACUCUCUCAAACCGCUCCCUGGUUACUAAGGUAAUUUGCACCCUAGCAACCAGAUAACUGCUGGAAUUCCAAACUGCAGAGGUGCUGAACUAAAAGCUGAAUAAUUCAGAAACCACAAAUAAUAAUAAAAAAAUGAAGACCAAUUGCAAAGAUUCCUCUCUCCAACCUGCUAAAAGUUAUUUUAAAGGGUAAACAACCCCAUUAAUGCACGUUAUUGCCCCCCCUGGUGUCUCUCGCUGGGAUCUACUGUAGAAAUCAUUUCUCCAUGCUGAAUCCUCUCCGUUACACAUUAGGUGACUGCGUGGGCUUGAAGGGAAAUCCGGUUACUUAUUUUGUAUUUUAUAUCCUGAUGGCGGCUACGUAGCCCGAAUUCUGUAGAACCUGCGUCAAGCACUUGCCUCUAACAGGUCCGAUCUACCUCUCGCUGCAGAGGGUUACGCAGCCCCCGUCAGUCGCAACGUUGUGAAGAAUCGCGCACGGAAUCUGUACGAAUGUCAGACCAAUGUGCUCUACGACCGUAGCCUUUGUUUUUUUUUUUUUUUUAGGAUUGCAGAACCAGCUAACCAAUAAAGUGUCUGCUUAUGCCUUA